GCUUAAAAAUAAUAAUAAAAAAAUUUAUACAUUUCCUGUUUCAAUUCUAUACAAUCUAUUCUCAGUUUAACAUGAAUUAAAGUUUUUCACUAUCAUUUCUCAAUUGUAAAUUAUUGUCUAGACUGCUGAAGAAACAUCGCAGAGACAGGGUCACAUGACACCUGUUACUUUUCUCAGCGCUGCACUAAACGGACCAAUCACAAUCGUUAGCAGAUAAUAACAUAGCCGCUUUAAAACUGCAUUCUUCUAAAGCGGUUUCUACUUAUAUGUCAGGAAUCAAUCUAGGACAUUUGUAGAUUUAAAAGAUGAUACCUUCUAAUCAACAAAUUACAAAAAAAAUUCAUGAACACACUUCAUGAUAUUUGAAUGAUCCUCAGUGGAGACUCGCCCUUCUGAGUCACAUAGCGCCUCCCGGAGACACUUGCAGAAAUGUCCCUUCCUUAAACAUUUUCUAACUAGUACGGUAACAUUGGAGUACUUAUCGUUCGUGGAUGAUAGUGACAGCCUCCAACCGAUGAUCAAUCAUCUAAAGAACGCGUUGAUGCAUUCACCUGGACUCCAUACUUGAAGAAAACCUUGUUUUUGUUACUGUACCAGCAUGAAUUCAGCCGGACUGCUGUGUGAAACCGAGCGGCUUCGGCACCGUCCUUUCCUGAUCGGGGUGAGCGGAGGAACGGCCAGCGGAAAGUCCACAGUGUGUGCAAAACUCAUGGAGCUUUUGGGACAGAAUAAGGUGGAUCAUCACCAGAGGAAGGUCACUAUCGUCAGCCAGGACAGUUUCUACCAGGUUCUCACUCCAGAACAGAAGGCCAAAGCUUUGAAAGGCCAGUACAACUUUGACCAUCCAGAUGCGUUUGAAACAGAGUUAAUGUGUCAGACGCUGAAGGACAUCGUAGAAGGAAAGGUGGUGGAGGUUCCCACGUAUGAUUUCGUCACCCAUUCCAGGCAAUAAGACACGCUUUUCCCUCAUAAUGUUACGUCGAGCACUGACACACUUUCUCUCUAUGUGUACAUUGAUGAUGUGGAGAAAUGUAGCAUUGCAUCACUUUUUUUUUUUUUAGCAAUGGAUGCUCUGCAGUGAAUGGGUGCCGUCAGAUUGAGAGUCCAAACAGCUGAUAAAAACAUCACAAUAAUCCAGUCUCACUCCAGUCAGUCAAUAAACAUCUCGUGAAGUGAAAAGUUGUGUGUUUGUAAGAUAAAAAUCUAUCAUAAAGAUGUUUUAUGGGUCUUCUAUCCAUAAUAUUGUUUCCUCCUUGGAAAAAGUCAUCUCAUCUGAAUCAGGAGAGAAAUAUGCACUGAUCAAGCACGGUUUACAAAUGAAAACAGUCCAGAACAGUUCUAAACCAUCUAAAGUGAUGGUUUGAAGUUAAAAACAUCUUAGUGAUGGAUUUGUUUCUUACAAACGCGCAACUUUUCACUUCACAAGAUGUUCACUGAUGGGCUGGAGUGGU